AUGGAUACGAACAUCGAGGCAGCCAGUUCACUGGACGACUUCAAUCCCCAGUCGCUAGAUCCAGAAGAGUUGGAAAAAACCUUGACUACCCUCAAGCAGCGGCUGCUCAAGACCGAGGCUGCAAAACUGUUGUUGCCUGCGAAAGAAUUUCCUUUCCCGCGCGGUGCGCUGGGGCGAUUGUCGAAUUUGCUUAAUCUGGUCUUCAAGUCUGAGAAGAGGCACGAACCGAAACUUGCAGCUAUCAGGGAAUUAGAUCCUGUAUCUCUGAUCAUUUGUGGUCUCUGUCUUACCCAGAAGGCCGUCGAUAUCAUGCGGAAGGAGCUUUUUGACGUAUUGCUCGAACAAGCCAUAAUUGCUUCCCAAGCUAUGGUCAAGAUUAUUAUGAAGAGUGAGGAAAUAAACAAGGUGGUUUUAACCUCAUCAGUCGACGAAGAUUUCUUAAAUAGCAAGUACUCUGCUCGUUCUCAUCCCGAAGACGCUAACAAGACUACAGACUACGGUAGUUUGAGACGAGGUGUUAACGGUUCAAUACGGCCCAGCCUUCAAUACUCCCUCAACGGCAGCCCAUCGUGGUGCUAUUCUAAGAUCAUAAAGCAGGAACCGGGCCAGACAAUGUUUCCUCGUUUGCUUACCAAAUCCGCUCGUGGAUAUGUCACGGCGUUCCUGCCAUCAGAAGAAUCUACGGAUGGACUGAUCAGGGUUAUGACUAUGUUUGACCAGACCAUCCUGCGAAUGUUGUUCGGUUGCGCAGAGACUGGCACAAUGGCUGCUGGUAGGUUGCUCAGGCUAUCACAAGUAAACAUGCGCUGA